AUGAACGCGCCGAAGGUGGAUGAACCAGAAAUCGUGGAAGCCGCUCCAGAAGAACAUCCCACAGAUAGCCAUGAAUUGGCAAAUGCAGACCACAAGGAGAAAGGGGCUGCGCAGGUCGAUCAUGGACAGACUGAAGUGAGGGACUUAGGGUGGAACGAGAAUCCAAGUGACAUUCCCAAUCCAGUUGUUGGAGGCCUCCCGAAUGAGGAGUUGUGGACUUUGAUUAGGCGGUUUAAUAAGCAAAUGUACCAUGUCAAGGUGCUCCAAAAGCCUCCUCUUGGAGGGUUAGACCUCAGCAUCGCUGACGCUGAGGAGUUUUCUCCCGAUAAAUUGAGAGCAAACAUCGAGCGGUUUUAUAUGACGGUGGUUGUUGGCCUGGUUGGAUUCUGGAAACAUAUUGCUAGGCUUAGAUCAUGGCGAGAACGGAACCGGACAAUUGCUUUUGCGACAGUCUACUUCGGUGCAUGGGCUAUCGACUUCCUCGUUCCUACGAUUACCGCCUUUCUUGUGGCUCUCAUCGCGUAUCCGCCAACAAGGACGUACUGCUUCCCGCCAGCUCCGAUUGCUUUGAUCGAUUCGAAGACAGGGGGGGUCAAAAAGCCGACUGCUGGGGUGCUGGGGAGUGAUAACAGCUUGACUGGAGCUCCAGAGAAACAACAAGGAGAGGCUGUAGAGCAGGAAGCUAGCAGCUUCGUCAAUAGCUUCACCUCAAUUGCAAUCAGCAGCGCGGCAGGUAAACAUCCUCAAGGAAACCCCAAUGGCGAGGAAGAGGGAGCAAGCUCACUUGAAGACCGAGCACCAGAUCCAACGAACAUGGCAUUGAGUGCCGCAGAUGCAAAGAGCAGCAGUGCUGGAGGACAACCAAAUGCUGUGCAUGAUAAGGCCAAGGAACCGAUGUCAGCUGCGAUGUGGUCUAAGACUAGACCAGUCAUGCAUGCCAUUGCAGAUAUCUCCGAUGGAUGGGAGAGGUUUGGCAAUGCCUUGUCACCUACUCCUCCUUUCCCAACAGAGAGGCCUCGUAUCCAGCUUGCAGCAGCUCUAGUUCCGAUCCUCCUCAUAUCUCUGUUUACCAGUUCAUACAUGUUCAUGAAGACGAGCGGGCUAUUCGUGGGAUUUGGGUUCUUCGCAGAUCCUUUUAUCUCGAGAGCUCUCUCAUACCUGAACAGAGAGUUCCCACACUGGCAGAAACUCCUGGAACUCAGAAAUACGUUGCUUAAGGGGGUUCCAACUAAUGCACAGCUUACUGUCACUCUUCUCCGCAUUGGAGAGGCUAACAAAGCUCCUCUACCCCCUCCGCCAUACUCUGGCCCGCCACCCCCAGACGCUGCUCACGAUACUGCGGGAGAGGGCCUUGAAUAUCUUGAAGAGGUUCCCGAUGAUGAAAUGGGUCAAGCCAUUCAUCCUGAUACUACAGCCGUCGCAACCGGAAUGGAUGCAGCGCCAAAAAAGAAACAACACGGUCGUCGUAUCCUCAGCACCAUCAAAGGUGUCACGAAAGGAGGCGUGGAAACCAUUCUCGGCACGGAUAGACUGAAAGCUGCAGCUGGAGCAGAACACGCCAAGAAUCGUCUAGGAGUUUUGAGGUCGGGAAAUCUUGUUACUGGUGGACCGAUUGACUUCCCGUGUCGAUAUAAGGGAAAGAAGGGUCACGCGUAUAUCACGACCACGGCGACGAGUCCGGCGGUCAGUUGGACCACCGAGAAGGAAGACAUUGAUCCAGUUUUCUCGAUUGCUAUUGCUGACAUUGCAGAAAUCAAGAAAGUCGGCGGGCUUGGAUGGAAGUCGAAGCUGGUUGUUGGAUGGGCGACGGAUAGAGAGAUCGCUGAUGGCCUUUUGAUUGUUGACAAGGACGGAAAUCAGAAGCAGCUCACUGCCAUUGCUCUUAGAGAAGAGCUCUUCAAUCGUCUGAUUGCUCUUGGAAAGCAAAUGUGGGAGGCCUGGUGA